AUGCGUGAUAUGUAUGAAACGUGAGAGCUAAGUGUCAGAUGAAAAUAAGUCGUGUCAGUAAUUUAAUUAAAAAGGAAUAAUAUACGUAUAAAAAUGAAAACGAGAUUUAAUUCCUAUGACAUUACUUCUACGAUAUGCGAGCUGCAAAAGUUUAUUGGUAUGCGCGUAUAUCAAAUCUACGAUAUUGAUCAUCGAACAUAUCUCAUACGUCUUCAACGAAGUGAAGAAAAAUGUGUCCUUUUAUUAGAAUCUGGUAUUAGAAUUCAUACAACGGCAUUUGAAUGGCCUAAAAAUGUAGUGCCAUCAGGAUUUUCGAUGAAGAUGCGUAAACACCUUAAAAAUAAACGACUUGAAAGUCUCACUCAAAUAGGAGUAGAUCGAAUAAUUGAUUUGCAAUUUGGAAGUGGUGAAGUAGCAUAUCAUGUAAUUUUAGAGUUAUAUGAUCGUGGGAACAUAGUGUUGACAGAUCACGAAAUGAUUAUUGUAAAUAUUUUGAGGCCUCAUAUAGAAGGAGAUAAGAUCAGAUUUGCUGUUAAAGAAAAAUAUCCUAUGGAUUGUGCUCAUCAAAAUACAAUGCCACCAAUAGAAAAUAUACAACAACACCUACAGAAUGCUAAAACUGGAGAAAGCUUGAAAAAAUUACUAAAUCCUCUUCUAGAAUUUGGUUCUAGUGUAAUUGAUCAUGUUUUAUUAAAACAUGGAUUUACACUGGGUUGUAAAAUUGGCAAAGAUUUUAAUGUUGCAGAACAUAUGCCAAAAUUAAUUCUGGCAUUAGAAUAUGCAAAUGAAAUGAUGAGUUUUGCUAGAAAAAAUGUUUCAAAAGGUUACAUUAUUCAAAAAAAGGAAUUAAAACCAACUACAGAUGGCGAAGAAGACUUCAUAUACACUAAUAUUGAAUUUCAUCCAUUUUUAUUCCAACAAUAUAUAGAUUAUCCAUACAAGGAAUUUGAUUCUUUUGAUGUUGCAGUAGAUGAAUAUUUUUCCACAAUGGAAGGUCAAAAGUUGGACUUGAAAGCUUUGCAACAAGAACGAGAUGCCCUUAAAAAGUUAGAAAAUGUAAAAAAGGAUCUUGGUCAAAGAUUAAUAAGUUUAGAGAAAACUCAAGAAUUAGAUAAACAAAAAGCAGAACUAAUUUCUAGAAAUCAAGCUUUGGUGGACAAUGCUAUAUUAGCCAUACAAAGUGCCCUUGCCAAUCAAAUGGCUUGGCCUGAUAUAAAAGUGCUGUUAAAAGAAGCAGAGAGCAGAGGAGAUCCUGUUGCAUCUGCAAUUAAACAAUUAAAAUUAGAAACAAAUCAUAUUUCUUUACUAUUACAUGAUCCUUAUGAAGAUAGUGAUGAGGAAUCAGAAUUAAAACCUAUGUUAAUAGACAUUGAUUUAGCAGAUACAGCUUUUGGAAAUGCUACAAAGUAUUACAAUCAGAAGAGAUCGGCAGCUAAAAAGCAACAAAAAACAAUAGAAUCGCAAGAUAAGGCCCUAAAAUCGGCAGAAAAGAAGACAAAACAAACGCUAAAAGAAGUCCAAACUAUUCACAGUAUUAAUAAACUAAGGAAAAUAUAUUGGUUUGAAAAAUUUUAUUGGUUUAUUAGUUCUGAGAAUUAUCUUGUUAUUGGUGGAAGGGAUCAACAGCAAAAUGAAUUGAUAGUAAAGAGAUACCUUAAGUCUGGAGAUAUAUAUGUUCACGCGGAUUUAACUGGUGCUAGUUCUGUAGUUAUUAAAAAUUCUGGUAGUGACUCAGUGCCUCCAAAAACUUUAGCUGAAGCGGGCACAAUGGCUGUUGCUUACAGUAUUGCAUGGGAUGCUAAAAUAGUAGCAGGGGCAUGGUGGGUCUAUAAUGAUCAAGUAUCUAAAACGGCUCCAACUGGUGAAUAUCUUACUACCGGAUCCUUCAUGAUUCGUGGAAAAAAGAAUUACCUACCACCUUGUCAAUUAGUGAUGGGAUUGGGAUUCUUAUUUCGUUUAGAAGAUAGUUCAAUUGAAAGACAUAAAGAUGAAAGGAGAGUCAGAGUUAUUGAUGAUGAAGGUGAACACACAGAUUCUCUUAUUGAAGAAGAUAGAGAAAUCGAAUUAAUAGGGGAUUCCGAAGAAGAUGAGCAGCCUGAAAAUAAGAAUAAUUUAAAUUCUAUUCAAGAGAAAUCUAAAGUAGAUAUAAUUAUGGAAGAAAAUAAUGUUAAUCAAGAUGUUAGUGAUGAAGAAAAUAAUGUUAAUCAAGAUGUUAGUGAUGAAGAAAAUAAUCUAACUCAAUUUCCCGACACACAAAUUAGAAUUGACGUUUCUGGUUCAAAGGUGAAAUUACAUGUUGAUAAUAAUCAGUCAACAGUGAUGCCACAAAAGGAUUUAGAUGUAAUUUAUUUAGGCGAUGAUAAGCCCGUAAUAAUAAAUGUGAAUACGCAAAAGAGUUCUGGAAUAAAACAGAAGCUUCCUCUUAAAAAAGACAAUAAAGAAAGGAUUGAGAUAGAACCUAAAAAAAACGAUCAGGCUGUGUUAAAACGAGGACAAAAAGGAAGAUUAAAAAAAAUGAAAGAAAAAUAUAAAGAUCAAGAUGAAGAAGAUAGAAGAUUAUUUAUGCAAGUUCUUCAAUCAGCAGGUGCUGCAAAAGAAAAUAAAAGAAAAAAUAAAAAUAAAGAUCCAUCUGGGCCAAAGCAACAAACAAAGAAGAAGGGUAUGGCGAAACCAGUUGCACCACAAAAUAUUCAAAUUGUAGAAAACAUUGAAGAAGAAGAUCCAGGUCCGGGACCCGAAGUAGAUAUGUUAGAUCAGUUAACAGGAAAACCUGUUUCAGAAGAUGAAUUAUUAUUUGCUGUGCCGGUGGUAGCACCCUAUAACACUGUAUUAAAUUAUAAAUUUAAGGUAAAGCUAACGCCAGGUGCAGGUAGGAGAGGAAAAGCAGUUAAGACUGCUAUAACAGUUUUUAUGAAAGAUAAAGAAAUUACUUCAAGAGAAAAAGACUUAUUAAAAGCUGUAAGAGAGGAUACAAUAGCUAGAAAUAUUCCCGGAAAAGUCAAGAUAAGUGCACCACAGAUACAGAAGCUUAAAAAAUAAGUGUCCAAGUACAAUUAAGUAAAGUAAACAUCGUUAAUAAACAAACGUAUAUUUGUAUAUGUAUAUGUAGAGUGAUUUACUUGUACAGAAGUUAUAUAACGAUAAAUCUUUUUAAAUAAUA